AUGUCAAGGGGUCAUCUUAUGUACAACUAUGGGUCAGAGAGGGAGGCCAAAGCAACUCCCACUGGGCAGACCCUAAGAACAAAUGAGGUAAGUGACUCCUCCAGUUCUAGCCAGUCUGAAAGUGGCUCAGAGAGGCAAGAUGACAGUGACUCCUCCAGGUCCUCCUCCCCGGAUUCUGGCAUUAGGGCACAGAAGUUGCAGGCGGUCAGGGACAGACACAUGACCACCCCAGUUACUCAGUCAAGGAGGUUCUCUCGGGUUGCUAGCACAGAUGUGUUUGAUAUGGAUUAUGACAUGACUCCACAGACUCCAGGUAGUGAUCUCCCAGUUCAUGAUCCAGUUACCAAUCCAGCAGUUGGUGUUUUGAAUCAGGUGCCCAGAUCACAAAAGAAUAAACCAUCUCAUGCAGCAACAUCUUCAAAAAAGUCUGAAUCUGCAAUGCCCCUUAGGAAAAUGUCUGACUGUGAUAAUCCUGACUGGUUCAACUUUGAUUGCCCUCCUACACCAGGGGAUCCAGUCAGCAGCAAGCACGGCUUUUCAGAGCCUAGUUCUGUUGUACAAAAGACUGAAGCCAAAAAGGGAAAUAAACGCCAGACUUCGGCAAGGGCCCAGUCAUCGUCUGGUGAAACUGCUCAAGUAUCUAAUGGAAGUUCAGAAUCAAAACGGAAGUCCAAGAAAAAGAUGGCUCGGUUGUUUGGGUCUUUUUCUCCUCCAGCCUCUUCCUCUGGAUCUACUCCAACACAGGAGGAGGGGUUGCAAGUAACAAACAUUAAACCCGUAACUGUAGAGCCUUUUGUUGAUACUUUUGAUUCUGAUGAUGAUAAUAAGACUCCAGAGCGUCCACAGACUCCAGGUAGUGAUCUCCCAGUUCAUGAUCCAGUUACCAAUCCAGCAGUUGGUGUUUUGAAUCAGGUGCCCAGAUCACAAAAGAAUAAACCAUCUCAUGCAGCAACAUCUUCAAAAAAGUCUGAAUCUGCAAUGCCCCUUAGGAAAAUGUCUGACUGUGAUAAUCCUGACUGGUUCAACUUUGAUUGCCCUCCUACACCAGGGGAUCCAGUCAGCAGCAAGCACGGCUUUUCAGAGCCUAGUUCUGUUGUACAAAAGACUGAAGCCAAAAAGGGAAAUAAACGCCAGACUUCGGCAAGGGCCCAGUCAUCGUCUGGUGAAACUGCUCAAGUAUCUAAUGGAAGUUCAGAAUCAAAACGGAAGUCCAAGAAAAAGAUGGCUCGGUUGUUUGGGUCUUUUUCUCCUCCAGCCUCUUCCUCUGGAUCUACUCCAACACAGGAGGAGGGGUUGCAAGUAACAAACAUUAAACCCGUAACUGUAGAGCCUUUUGUUGAUACUUUUGAUUCUGAUGAUGAUAAUAAGACUCCAGAGCGUCCACAGACUCCAGGUAGUGAUCUCCCAGUUCAUGAUCCAGUUACCAAUCCAGCAGUUGGUGUUUUGAAUCAGGUGCCCAGAUCACAAAAGAAUAAACCAUCUCAUGCAGCAACAUCUUCAAAAAAGUCUGAAUCUGCAAUGCCCCUUAGGAAAAUGUCUGACUGUGAUAAUCCUGACUGGUUCAACUUUGAUUGCCCUCCUACACCAGGGGAUCCAGUCAGCAGCAAGCACGGCUUUUCAGAGCCUAGUUCUGUUGGCUAG